AUGAGUCCGUGCCGCAUCUACAGGAAUAUAUCUUGGUUGGCUCGUCCUGCGAUAUCGACCUUUUGGAGCUCGAAGUUACAACCACUGGCACCCAGAUUCCAGCUCAGCCGACGGCUCUUCACAUCAACAGGCCGCCAUCACAGUACGGGACCGUCGCAUGACUUCUCCCACGAGGAGACGUCAUACGAGCCGGUCGAAGACGAUCAAGGGUUUGGGCGAAUUGGGUGGUCCCUCAAACGCAGACCGGGCGACGGCGCCGAGAUAGCUCAAGUCUGGAUCAGCAAUGCCAGACGUGCGAAUUCUGUCGGUUCAGACUUACUCAGGUCGCUCACAAAGGUCCUACGCCAGCUCGCCUCGAGGGACGGAUUGCGUGUCGUUGUGCUCAGCAGCGAGACCGCCGCCAGUGCGACUGCGACUCCCACGUUCUGCGGCGGGGCCAAUGUCCGCGAGAUGGGUGCCAUACGGUCGUCCGCAGACGCCCGUCGAUUCAUCACGGCUGUGCACGACGCUUGCAAGGCUCUUCGAGACAUGCCGGUCCUGACGGUCGCGAGUAUCCACGGCCUGACGCUGGGUGCCGGCGUCGAGCUCGCAGCAUCCUGUGAUUUCCGGUACGCCACCAAGAUAUCUGCAUUCAGCAUGCCUGAAGUGGCUCUGGGCAUCCCGUCCGUGGUGCAGGCACGGUUGCUGGCGAACAUCAUCGGCUGGCAGAGGACGAAAGAAAUGGUCUAUUUCGCGAAGAGGAUCGACGCACAGACCGCGGCGGACUGGGGCCUGGUUGACCAUGUUUACGACACUCGAGAGGACAUGGAUGCCGCUCGAGUUGAAUUGACGACCAAGACCAUCGCCAACAAUGGCCCGCAGGCGAUGAGGGCUCAGAAGCGCCUGGUCAAGCUCUGGGAGGAAACGGACCUUGACACUGGUGUCGAAGCUGGCAUUGAGGAGUUUGCCAGUAUGUGGAACGACGGGGGCAGCGAGCCGCAGGAGUACAUGAGACCUUUUCUUCAACGGAGGUGAGGCGGAAGAGGACGAGUACGAGUACGAGCUCGCGGACAUAUCAGGAGUCGGCAAGAGAGAGUGCGUGUCGGUGGUAGAGUAAGCCCUAAGGGGGGUUUAACUGACAAGUGGCACACGAUGAUGGGAGUGAUGGGAACAUGUCGAGCCUUCCAGGACGGAGACUAACGUUACCGAGCAGACUCUGAACGAAAAGCCAGGAGACAAUGACAAUCAAAAACAGCGGGCUCUCAUAUCGAGCAACUAGUUACUUACAACGGUACUUCGUAUCCAGCAUGACUAUCCAGCGAGACUAUCCGGUCGUCGUCCGGCAUGCUCCUCCUUCAUCUUCAUCCCCCCCUCAAAGCCGGCUUCGAUUCCUUCAAUGUACCAUCACACAGGACCGAAAAAAGGGAAAAAGGAUCGGAUCACUAAACCCCAUGCCUCCCUCACUCUCUGUCCGUCUCUCCCCUCUCUCUGCACAGCUUCGACUUGUCUGGUUGGACCAUGUAACCUUGGUUACUCACGAAGAACCCACAAUAUCACCCAUCAAGAACGUGGGCGACUUGUUGCUGAAAUUCUCGACAUCUCCCAGCACGAUCUUGGCCGAGUCGCUCUCCAACGCCUUCUUGACGCCCUCGACCGAGUCCCAGGUCAAAAGCGCCGCGACGCUGUACGGCUUGCUCCCGUCGGGGCAAUUGCCCAGCUCGACCACUUUCCAGUCGCGCAGGCCGAACGUCGUCCAGUGCUCCGCCACGAGCGGCAUGUGCUUCUUU